AUGCGCUGCUCUGCACCGCACUUGUGCUGCACCUCUUCGCUAUUCCGAUUCGUGGUCGUGUUGCUGUCGGCUACUUGCUGCUUAGCCGCCGACCCUUACGUCUUCUUCGACUGGACUGUCUCUUACCUCACCGCUUCUCCUCUCGGCACUCGCCAACAGGUUAUUGGGAUAAAUGGGCUUUUCCCUGGCCCCAUUCUCAACGUAACUACGAAUUGGAAUGUUGUUAUGAACGUGAAGAAUGAUCUUGAUGAGCCGUUGCUCCUCACAUGGAAUGGAAUCCAACAUAGGAAAAACUCAUGGCAAGAUGGUGUUUUGGGGACUAAUUGUCCCAUUCCUUCUGGCUGGAACUGGACUUAUGAGUUUCAGGUCAAAGACCAGAUUGGAAGUUUCUUUUACUUUCCUUCUACAAAUUUUCAGAGAGCAGCUGGUGGUUAUGGAGGAAUCAUUAUCAACAAUCGUGACAUCAUUCCCGUUCCCUUUGCUCUCCCGGAUGGAGAUGUUACCCUCCUUAUCAGUGAUUGGUUCACUAAGACCCAUAAGAAGCUGAGGAAGGAUGUUGAGAGUAAGAUUGACUUUGGAGCUCCGGAUGGCAUCCUCAUCAAUGGAUUUGGACCUUUUCCCUACAGUCGCGAGGUCGCUUCAAAUGGUAUUCCUUAUGGGACAAUAAGCGUUGAACCAGGAAGAACAUAUCGUUUCCGUGUUCAUAACUCUGGAAUUGCAACCAGCUUGAAUUUCAGAAUACAGAAUCAUAACCUACUUCUUGUUGAGACAGAAGGAUCAUACACAAUUCAGCAGAAUUAUAUGAAUAUGGACAUUCAUGUGGGUCAAUCUUUCUCAUUUCUGGUCACUAUGGAUCAAUCUGGUAGUAAUGACUACUACAUUGUUGCCAGCCCAAGGUUUGCUAAUUCAUCUUCAUCCGUCAAAGCUUCCGGAGUUGCUAUCUUGCACUACUCUAAUUCCCAAGGACCCGCUUCAGGUCCACUCCCUGAUCCUCCUGUUGAGUUGGACACAUCUUUCUCAAUGAACCAGGCACGAUCCAUAAGGUUGAAUGUCUCAGCUGGAGCUGCCCGCCCGAACCCUCAGGGGUCUUUCAAAUAUGGCCAGAUUACAGUAACUGAUGUCUAUGUGAUUGUCAACCGACCACCAGAGCUAAUAGAUGGGCGAUUGCGUACCACUCUUAAUGGUAUAUCAUACUUACCUCCUUCAACACCCUUAAAGCUUGCUCAGCAAUACAACAUCUCAGGGGUAUACAAGUUGGAUUUUCCAAAAAGACCAAUGAACAGGCAUCCCAAGGUUGACACCUCUGUCAUAAACGGCACGUUCAAGGGAUUCAUGGAAAUCAUAUUUCAGAAUAGUGAGAACACUGUUAAGAGCUAUCACUUGGAUGGUUAUGCAUUUUUUGUUGUCGGGAUGGACGUUGGCCGGUGGACAGAGAAUAGCAGAAGCACAUACAACAAGGGGGAUGGGGUUGCUCGAUCUACUACGCAGGUGUUUCCUGGUGCAUGGACGGCCAUCUUAGUAUAUUUGGACAAUGCUGGCAUGUGGAACCUCCGAAUAGACAAUCUCGCCUCAUGGUAUCUGGGCCAAGAAGUAUACUUGAGUGUGGUAAAUCCCGAUAUUGACACGUCUGAGAAUUCCAUUCCUGAAAACACCAUAUACUGUGGUCGGCUCUCACCAUUACAAAAGGAUCAAGCACAGAGGGUAAACUUCUCGAGCUCACCGCAGUCCAUCUUUGUGACAAGCAAAGGGAUUCUUCUUGCUCUUUUUGCAAUCUUAGUUAGUAGUUUAGCCAGAUGA